UUUCCCGCCUUUUUGACGUCCAAUAAACAAGCAAAUAUAACACAGUUCCUUCCAAUAGCAAUUAUCUUUCAGUCGACAUCGCAAACAAAUUCGUCAGACGUUAGCUUUAGCACAGGCUUUAGUUACAUUUUUGAGGUUAUAAAUUUUGUUAUUUUAAUUCGAAAUGUCAUGAAUUCAAUAUAAUUUGAAUUAAAAUAAAUAACUGUAAUGAAUGAAAGCUUCUCAGACUCGAAAUAGCUGGAAUUGAGUUGAAGAAUUCGAGGUUAUAAAACAUGCCUGGAAUAGAUGAAAUUAUUCCGGCUUUUUCAAGUUGGAAAAUGAUCAAUGACACUAUUCCAGUUUUGAUGAAAGGAGAAUGUUCUGAAGCAAGUGUCAAAAGAUUGGCUACAAUUAUCCAAUCAAAAGAAUGUUCCAAUAUAUUCAUAUGUGCUAAAGAUCCAAUGUUUACAUUCGAACAAUACCAGGAAAUCAGUGAAAAAUAUAAAACAUUCACAACCUGGUUAUUGGGCCAAUUUUUCUAUUUGUUGGGUUGUGAAAGAUUUUCCAAACUUCAUGAUGUUAUAAUAGAAACUCAGUUCUGUGUCCUGGAUCACGUGUCCAGCACUCAGUUGCAAUAUUUUCAAGAAUUUUCGAGUGAAUAUAGUAAAGCAUUUGACAAUAUCAUAAACUAUUAUAAGCAGCCUGGAGAAAAGUUGAUUUUACAAAUUUUUGUACCAAAAAAGUUUGAAGAUUUGAAUUCCAUGCUAGAUUUGAGCCAAGUUUUCAUGGAAAUAUCAUCAAAGAAAAAUUGACAGAA